GUGAAGAAUCUUUGAACAGCGUGAGAACUGAAAACUAAACCGCUUGGAAAAAGAGUAAAUUGGUGUUUGUGUAAGAGACGCUAAUGGCGUCGAAAGCUUCUUCCUCGGCUUCGCAAACCCAAACACUGUCUUCAACAUCCGACCAACGUGUUUCUCUAACUCUAGCUUUUCUUAAAGCAUUGGGCAUGGACAGACAUGUUCCACAGAUUUUCGACACCAGAGGCAUCUACUCCAACUUAUUUCGAAGCUUCCCCAAAGUCGACGACAUCAAAAGGGGACGAAUCUCUUGCACUAUUGCUAUCAAGUCACCAAUCGCAAAUUUUUAUGGAACACUGCAUGGAGGAUCUGUUGCAUCUUUUGUUGAGUCGCUGUCUCCUGCUUGUGCUAGAACUGUUAUUGCUGAGGACAAGGAACUUUUUCUUGGGGAAAUGAAUGUGUCUUAUUGA